UUAAAAAUAAAAUUUUCUAUUUUACAGAAGGAGUCUUUCAAAAUGAGAUUUUUGCUUGUCAUUGCCGCUUUUACGGCUUUGGCCUUAGCAAAGCCAGAAUUUUACAAGGAAAAAGAGGAUUUCCAAUACUCCAGAAGCUCUUCAGAUGAAGGCAGUAAGUCCGGUUUCUAUGGGGCUCAAAGAGGCAAUAUGGGAGGCAACUAUGAAAAGGCGCACAACAUGGAUGGCUUAGCACAGCACCAAAUGAGCGGACUCGUGCGCACCGUCGAAGGUGAAUUGGGAGACGGGUAUAAAAUGAGGACCGGCAGCGUGUACAGCGCUGCAAACUCUAGGGGAAUCUACGGCUCGGGCCACUACGACUUAAGUAAUCUCCAAGGAAGAAAUUUCGAGGAGACCGAAUCAUUUGAUAAUUCGAAUUCUUCAAUGAUGUCACAGAGUGCUGCAUUCGAAAAUUCUAGAUCAAACGGUGGCGCGUACGGCAGUAGCAACCGCGCCCAUAGUUCAGGAUACAGAGGAUAUCAAGCCAGCGAUCAAUCUCAACAAUUAAUGCAAACGGAUAAUUUGCAAUCUGCAGAUCAUUUGCAGAGCGUCCAUGGGUACGAUUAUGGAAGUGAAGCUGCCCAUCUUUCAACCUCAGGCUUUCAGAGCCACCACGGUUACGAUCUAAGUGCUUCUAAUUUAGAUCGCACAGGUGCGUAUGGAAGCAAUACGCGAAGCCGUAUCCUAACUGCCGCUCCUGUAAGAGUUAUCGUCAGACCCGGAAUCAGAAGGACCGUGCCGCUCACUGCUCAAGUCUACGAUGCUGACCACACCGAUACCUCUUUUAACCUUGAGCACAGUAACAGUAAUAGAGAUGCGGAAAUAUUGAAUACCGAUGGACAACAAGUAAGCUACAGGCCCUCAAAUGCCCCUAAACAUUAUGAGUCCUCGUACAGUUACCACAAGGAAUGGGAGAAACAUAAUACUCAGCCAAUCAAUGUCCCUGGUGCCAUACCUACAGUAAAUCCUUUUCCUGCACAAAGUGAAACACGCGGAGACUUAAAUGAAGAAAAAAAUUUAGAAAAUAUUCAACACAAUUCAAAUACCUACAAUUCACAAGCGAGUAACACAGCAUUUGCGACCAAUGCUCAGUCAUUAAGUCAGGCUAGAUAUCAAGCAGGUUAUAACAGGAAACACAGCUCCAGUUCUUCAUUGGCAGAAAACACAAAUGGUUAUGGCACUGAUAGACGCAGUGCUUCUUUGACUGGUAGUUCUUUAGUAGCUUCAAAUGAUAAUGAAUACAAUACAGGCAGCAGUAGUUCAUUGUUAGCCUCUAAUGCAAAUGGAUACAAAACAAGUAGCAAUUCUCUAUUAAACGCGAAUACAAAUGGAUAUAACAAAGCUUCCCACGGAACCAAUUCUGAAGAACGCAUUGCCAGUGCUACUGGUUCAGGAAAUCUUGUGCAAUUACUGAGUUCCAAACCAAAAAGUUACCAAUCUUCGUAUUCGUAUCAUAAGUCUUGGGAAAGACAAGGCGACCCUUAUAUCAUAAAACCAGCUGGAAGUGGUACGUUUGAUGGCCAGGAAUCUCAGAAAUUAACUGCCGCUUCAGCCAGCCAAGGAGCAUAUUCAUCACAUCAUUAUGGAUCCCAAUAUAAACAAGCACAUCAUAGCUUUUCACAAAAUGGAUUCGAUAGUGAUUGUGACGAAGAAGGUCACGUACGCGUAGCUCGUUCCUCCGACUCGCGGUAUAAACCUGAGCUUCAAGCUUACCAAAAUAUGUACCAAGGUCAAGAGGAAUAUGGACAGCAAACACAGAGCCGUUUGGAAAAUUUAGAAGAAUUGGGGCAGCAAACACAAAAUCAAUGGGACAACCUACAAAGCUUUGGACAACAAGAACAGAGUAAUUGGGAGAAUUCACAAAACUUAGGACAACAAAUUCAAAGCCAGUGGGAUAAUUUACAAGAUUUAGGGCAACAACCUGAACAUCAAUGGGAUAAUUUGCAAAAUUUAGGACAACAAACCGAGGAAAAGUUUGAUAAGCUCGAAGAUUUAGAUCAACAGCCUCAAAGUCAAUGGGAUAAUAUCGUAAGUCAAGAAACAGAUCAAAAAUUUGAUACUUUACAUACUAUGGGUCAACAAAGUCAAAACCAAUGGGAUAAUAUGCCAGAAAUAGGUCAUUUGACCCAAGGAAAAUUAAAUAAGCUAGAAGAUUUUGGACAACAAACUCAAACACAAUGGGACAAAAUAGAAAGUUUUGAUCAGCAACCACAAAAUAAAUUAGAUAAAGUAGAAGACCUCGGACAACAGCAACAAGCAAAUUGGGGAAGCACGCAACAGCAGAAUCGCAGUUGGCAAAAACUGGAAGACCUCAGUCAACAUACGCAAAGCGAUCUGGAACAACAAAUACAGGAUCAUGAUGAACAACAACCUACAAUGGUUUUUGAUGGCAAAGAAUUUGGUCAACAAGAAAGUCUACCAUCGAAUGUUUUUGAUCUGAAUAAGACUCAAGAUUCUCAAUUAACAGACAACAAGCAUUACAGUGGAAGUAAUUUAUCACAAAACGAAGAUAAAGAUUCAGUUAGAGGUCCUUGGAAUAAUGUAAUGCUUCAUUUGGGAGGUUUUCAGCAAGAAAACUCUAAUUCCGAUUUAAAUAACCAGGACUCAACAGUUACUUCUAACAAAAAUUUUGACAGACAUGAUGAAUCCCAAAAUUCGGAAAUGUAUGAAUUUGGGUCUCCCAAAAUAUUUCAUAGUCAGCAAACACAAAAUACUUGGAACAUAAAGGAAGAAGAUUUAGUACAACAGAAACCGUUUGAACAAAAUGAAAAUUUAGGUUUGAAUAACGCUAACUGGCAUAAUCUUAAUCAUAUACAGACACGAACAGAAAAAAGCUCAUAUACAACUGAAAAAUAUACACAUCCAUUAGGUGGUAGCAGGGAAAAAAUUUAUAGUGAAAAUACUGAGCCCAAUAAAGACUUUCAUUCACAAGAUGAACAAAGUUCUUCACUGUUAGGCAGUCUUUGGGAUAAAAUUGAUGGUAUAGCCAAAGAGACACUUCAAGACAUCGAUGACAAUGAUGAUAGCCAAAAGCCAAAUAAAGUAGAUUCAGCAGACUGGUCACAACAAGAAAGUAAACCAAGUUCGUCGCACAACACACCGAAACCAUUAAAUCCCCAAUUAAACACAAAUUUAUUAAAACCUAUUGUGAGACCAAAUCAAGAUAAAAAUGAAAGGCCAAUAGAUAUAGGUCGUGGUGACAUCGGACCUGAAGAUUCUGAUUUAACCUCAGUCAUACCCCAAUCAAAUAAACCUAACAAAACACCAAAUGAAAUAGAUUCUUUAAGUUUAACUCGAAAUUUAAACGUACAAUCGGCUGACUCAAAUAGUGACAAGAAUAAAUUUAAUAUGCUAAAUUAUAAAGAAUUAAAAAUAGUACAAGACUUACUAAAAAAAAUUGAAAGUGAAGAUUCUGAUGAGAUUGUAACUACUACAAGCACAACAAUUUCACCAAUCCCAACAAUUUCAACUAACAUUGAUGAAAGUAUAUUAGCAGACUUAAAUGAAAAUGAAGAAAAAUUAGUACAAGCUAUUAACAAUAAGUUUAUAUUUAAUCAGAAUAAGAAACGCAUUUCUACACCUUUUACACCAACAAGAGAUAUUUAUAAAGAGCAAUCGAGAAAUAAGGAAGAAUUUGAACACAAUACCCAUAACAAUCCAAUGUCUUAUCAUAACGACUAUUAUCAAACAAAUAUCAACAAAGAAUUGGAUCAAAAAAAUGCAGACUACGAACCUGAAGAACAACAAAAUAUGCAGCAGCACUUUGAAGAUUUUCAGCAAACACAGGAAUUACAAAAUCCAAGCCAAUUAGAAAACUUUGAACAGCAACAUCAAAGUGAUUGGAAUUCUGAAAAUAAUCUUGCCCAAUCUUUAGACCAACAAUUAUUACAUUUAGGGGAAGUCUCACGAAAGUUUAAUGAGAAACAGAUAAAUGAAGAAAUAAAAGAAAUUGAAGCAACACAGCAAAUUAAAAUAAAUGAUUUAACACCUCCAGAGCCAGAGACAGAGACACAAAAGCAAGGGUUUUGGCAGUCAGUAAAUAAUAAACUAACAAAUGCUAAAAAGAAAGUAAUGUCAUGGUUCUCUUAACAAUGCAAAUAACUUUUAACACUAACUAGCCAGGAAACCUAACUUUUAAAAUCUGUUAAUUUUAUUGUUAGUUAAGAAUUAAGAUCUAUAUAAAUAAGAUACCUCUAU